AUGCGAAUUGACUCAACUACAUUAGCCGUGGUUCGUUCAGGUACAGCUAAGUUGCGGGAAAUGAGUUUCGGGAUGAUGCUUCAGUCUUUGGCUAUUAAGGUUGGUUGCCAUUUUCACGAACAUGUGCUUACUGGUUUGAUUUCUUUGUAUUUGAAAUGUGAGGACAUUUUGACUGCUUGGGUAUUGUUUGAGUUAAUUGGGAAGCCGGAUUUGAUUGCAUGCAAUGCAAUUAUUUCUGGUUAUUCUUUUAAUAAUAAAACUGAGUCAUCAGUCCAACUAUACAAAGAAUUGCUUUUUUCAGGGGAAAAAGUUAUUUCAAGUAUUAUGGUUGGUUUAAUCCAUGUGUUCCAUCCAUUUGGUCGUUUGGAUCCUACGAGUUUAAUUUAUGAUUUUUGUGUAAAGUACGGUGUUAUUUUUAUUUCUUUUGUUUCUACUGCAUUGACUACUGUGUAUUGUCGGCUGAAUGAGAUAGAAUCUGCCAGGAAGCUUUUUGAUGAGCCAGCAGACAAAAGUUUGGCAUCUUGGAACUCCACGAUAUCAAGAUAUGCCCAAAAUGGCCCGACAGAAAUAGCAAUAUCAAUUUUUCGUGAAAUGCAGAAUCUUGAUAUUCAUCCAAAUCCUGUUACAAUUACCAGUAUACUAUCUGCAUUUUCUCAACUUGGUGCUUUAAGUUUGGGAAAAUGGGUCCAUGACGUGAUUAAGACGGAGAGUUUUGAGUCUGUUGGGAUUUGA